GCGUCAGAUGCGCUGCGCCCUGGAAAGCUUUCGCUUGUCGUUUUUAUCAGUGUCACGUCGUUGUGGUGGUGUUCUUGCAGGGCAGUGUGUGUGUGUGUGUGUGUGUGUGUGUGUGUGUGUGUGUUGGUGCAUGUGGAUGAGUGUCUGGUGUGUGUGAGUGCUUGUGCGUGUAUUUCUGCGCUCCGGGAUGAAAUGCGCCUUUUACGCACUGAAAUGCGGCUCGGUGUGAAGGCGGUUCGGAUCGGAACGAACUCAUUGCCUUAAGACUUUCCCAUGCUGGUGAUUUAAAACCUCGUCCACGGACUCGGACUCGGACACGGCCUCGGUCUCAUACACCGGAGCGGACACGUCCCGGUCCAAUGCGCGUUUCGUUCCUGCGCGUCCAGGCCCCCACGCCAACACGUUCACAUGGCCUCGAGAAAAGUGCCCGUGGUGUGGAGUCGAAGAGCGGCUUCAGGGUGCUGGAGGAAGAGGAGGUGUCCGGAGCGGCCGGGCGCGGUGUGGCGCCGGUGUGUGAUGUGCGCCGGGAUCACACUGCUUCUCCUCCAGCCGGCAUCCGCCAGACACGGUGAUGGCCAAAUUGAAACAUCAAAUCAUCCUGCUACUUCAGCAAUCCCCACUGGGUCUUCAAAUGUUUCCUCGUCUGUCUCUCCGCUAGAAGUAGAUGUAGAUUCUCUCCUUCAGUCCCAGGCUCCACCAGCAGAGGCAGCAUCAAGCACCAGAGAGCAGGCUGUGUUCUCCUCUGUGCUGACAGUGAGGGCAAACUCAGACUCGCUGGUGCAAUAUCCGGCCCACCCUCACACUUACAAUCUCACCAACCACAAAAUCCAGGAGGAUCCACCACCUAAACCUCCACAAACUCCAACCAAGAGCGUGCUAAGCACUAACCCUGAAGAGGCUCCUUUGAUCCCAGACCUUCUCACCACACCCGGUGCCUCCAUCUCGACCUUGACCGAAACCAAACCUUCUCACUCAGAUAACGUGACCAGCUCAGUUUCCCCCUCCACCUUGCUAUUGAAUGACACAUCUCCAGGAACAGAAAAGGUUGGGAAAACUUUAAUCACACAAACAAUUCCAGACACUGUGACCAGUGACAGCCUCCAGCUCACCACGGUGACCACCACUAUGACCACAUCCUUAACUGUGACUGACACGACUGUGACUUCUCCCGGUACAAGUCCCGUAACCACUGAGGAACUUACCACAAUAGCUCCGGCAACGACUACCACUGAAACCACAACUAUAUCGACGGAGCCUCCGACAACACCGCCGACUUCAACGACUACAACGACGACGACAACCACGCCAAUUACAACCACUACUUUAACAACUACAAAGACUCAAAACACUACUGUAGCUACCACGGAAGCACCAUCACCACAGCAAAGCACCACCACUGAGAGUUCAUCUCCAACCUGCAACAUCACAGAGAAGCUGUUGGUUCGAACGGUUCUGUCCAUCCAGAUGAAAAGGAAUUAUCUGGAGAGUGGACUGAGGCAGAACUUGGUGAAAGGCUUAACCCUGGCACUUCAGAAGGCUUUCAAUGACUCCAACGUCCACAUCCAGCUGGAGCGUGAUUUGUGCACACCGUCUAAUGUCACUUUGGGAUAUUAUGUCAUGAGCGAGAAAACGGUGUACAUGGCAGCGGCAGUGGUGGAGACCCUGACCUCCUACAGCUUCGAUAAGCUUCUGACUGACCUCAGACAGCAUGCACCUGUGGUUUUGGCCAUCCCAAUCCCUGUAGCAUCCUGGCAGCCCUCUCUGGGCAUCCACCUGCAGCUCAAAACAGUUCUUAGGUUUGUGGGUCCUACAGACAAUAUCAAGUCAUGCGCUUUCAUCCAGAUCAUGGAGCAGCGUUUGGGGAACGUGUUCUCUGAAGCUCAGGAGAAAGUAGAAGACUUUUAUGGGAAUCUGUCAGUAGAGAUUCUAAACACCUAUCAGGCAGGAAACUCUCUGGCCGUAUCGUUGGUGUAUGUGGUGUGGAACGGCAGUGUGGCGCUGAACGGCACCGUGGCGAGCGCGCUAAUUAACCAGCUGAGCGCAGAGCUAGUCGGAUAUUUCCUCUUCUUCCCUCCCAUGAUCAUCGCUGAGCCGCUCGAGUACCACAACCUGAACACCUCAGUGGCCACCAGGGAAUACUGGGUAAUCACAGUAAUUCAGGAUGUCGACAGUUCUUCGCUGGAAGGCAGUUAUCAGAGCUUUGCCAGUUUGAUGGAGCAGCGUUUAGCGGAGCUUUUUCUUGUCGCUGGCCGCCACGGCAUCCGGAUCAAACGAGCCACCACCGUUGGUGGAUACACUGUGCAGAUGGUUAGUAUCCGCCGCCUAGCCGGUCCCAAGAACCCAGCCGAGAUGACCUACUACGUCCAGGUGGAUGGAGCUCCCAUAACUGGCACAUCUGCAGCCAAAACCCUCAAUAUGGUGGACUCUCAGACCAUGGCACUCACACUGGGCUACUUCGUCCAGAUUCAAGCGGAGCCCGUGGUUAAAAGCGUCCCCAGUAACCUCUGGAUCCUGGCUGUUCUGACGCCGGUGUCACUGGUGAUUGUCGUGAUUGUCAUGGCGAUCGCCAUCAUAUGCAGGAGGAAUCGCAACGUCUUUAAGAGCAGUGCGUUCCGUGGGUUCCACCAGCGUACCAAGACCUCGUACCGGAGAGACGGGAGUUACCACCAUCAGCCAGUGCAGGGAUUUGACUACGCCAAGCAGCACAUGGGUCAGCAGGGUGAGGAGACACUUGCUGUCACUAAAGAGACCCUCGUCCUGUCUCUCCCGGUACGUGACGCUCCACUCACCCAGGACAAAGGUGUCCUCCAGGACGGCACGACCUCCAAAAGACAGCAGUCUACAGAGAUCCUCCGCAGCAAAUUGCCGAGCGAAGACGGCUCGGUUUCAAGCAACGGCUCAGCUAAGCUGAACACGGCUAGGAGCUCCUCGGCACACAGAAACACCAUCCAGAAAGUCGCAAAAGAGGAGACACAUACGAGGACUGAGCAUUAUGACUCUCUGACUGGCUCUCUGAGGCUCAUCAGCAUUAAGCCCAUGGCUGCUCCACUUAACUACUCAUAUCCCGACUCCUCGAAUCACAGCCAAGACUCCAUCAUGCUCAAUGGAGAGGUGAACAUGGGCCUGAAGCAGAAGUCUGAUAUAGAGCACUACAGAAAUAAGCUGCGUCUGAAAGCUAAGAGAAAAGGCUACAACGACGGGCCAUCGAGCAGCGGAGGACACCGACACAGCCACCGAGACAGACUGAAACGUGACAACGCUUCCCUGGACCUGGAGGACACUCGACGACCUGCUGAGGACAGAAAUCCAUCCACUUACGUCAAAUACCGCAGGAGUGAGAGUCAGAGGGAGCCCACCUACUGGAGCAGGCAGUCUCUGAACACGCCGAGUCCUGUGGAGACUGAGCUGGAUCUGCUGGUGAUGAGGGAACGAGCCAGGAGGGGCAUCCGCAACAGCGGCUAUGAUGCUGAACCAGAACCCUUUGAAGAGACAGACGUUGACCGUCUGAUGAGCUCUCUGGGAUUCGGAGGCACUCACCACGUUAAAGGUCACUCGGACUCAUCCACUCUAAGCUCUCAGCCCUCUAUUGAUGAGGUGCGGCAGCAGAUGCACCUCCUAUUGGAUAACGCGUUCGGUUUGGCCUCGGCAGAGCCUUCUGGACGCAACCACCACCAACACCACUCCCGGCAUGGCCCCCACCCUCCGUACCCCCCUGCUCAGAGCGGCCCCUACGUGGACGGAGUGACCAGUGCCCCUGGCACCAUGGACCACCCUGCUGGAGCUCUGCAGCGUGGCCCAUCAUUUGAGCCUGACAUGCACCAGUGUAGCCUCCCCAAGCCUGGCUUCAGGUUCACGCAGCUGCCCGAUAUGGGUUUGGGCUCGCCGCCACCUCUUAUAUCAGCUCGAACCGGAGCACCACCUGGAGCAUCAGUACGCCGAUCAACACCAGAUAUGAGUCUGAAGCCACGCGUCUCUGAGGCCUCGGAGAUGAAUCAGCACAACGGCGCCCCCUAUCUGCCUAUCAACCGAGCUCCUUUCCCAGCUGUCACGGUCGAUCAGUCCAUGUCGAGCUACUCAGGAAACCCAAUGACAGCGGUUUAUGCCAUAUCAGCUAACCGGCCCGGCUACUCCGAUUACUUUGUCCUGUCACCGUCGUCAUCUUACCGCAGCCCCUCGUGGAUGUCGUACCCCCCGGAGCCGGAUGACCUCCCACGCCAGUGGGGCGACACGAAUCCGUGUCAUUUGGAGACCAUCUGCUGAGUCGAAUGGGCUGACUGGAUACAGCAAUGCUCCUGGGGUUUUGUACAGUGAAUAAAAAUACCCUGAUCCCCCACAGCAGCGCAAACCCGUCCUCAGCCUGCAGGGCCGCUCCAGCUGAGACGGCCCUAAACGCCUGGAAAGCCCAAAAAGACCUGAAAGCCCUCAAGGCCCUGACUAGACUUGACCAGGUCCAUCAGUUACUCCACCAUUCACCUGUGCUUUCAUGGGAGGUUCUUCUCAGAGUCUCCUGUUCUGACCCGACACCAUCAUGACCAGCCCAUCGGCCAAACGUGUUCUUGAAGCUUUCUCGAUCUCCUCACGGACAUGAAGCUGGUGGGGUUUUAUCUUUCUGUGUGAGUGUGUGUCUGAUUUAAACAUCAGCAUAUUCAAAAUAGAAUACUUUCUUUCGUCUCAAGCAAACCUCUCUGUGUCUUUGGCUCUUAUUCUUUACUGAGGAGCAGGCCUAUAGCUGGUGUUUCUUUCAUGCGCUCUAUGUAUAGCUUACAUAAAAAAAAAUUUAAAAAAGAUCUUGGAGAAAAAGAGACUGAACAGAAAUCCGAAACCCAAAAACCACUUGUUGUACUAUAUGUAACUGUAGUCAUGACGUGAGUAUUUUUUCCCCUAGCCGCUUACGAAACCGUGCGUUUGUUUGCUUCUUCAUUUUGCUUCUUCCAUAACCUGUCAAAUAACUUACAGCGCAUCGGCUCAUGAGAAACUCUGAGUCUUGUGGAGCGUCGCAGGACACCGAACAACGAUCCCAAGCAUUUAGCGUUAAAAGAAUUACUAGAAAUAGUAUGAGAAAAUCAGUAGUCUAUUAUCUAUUAUCGAUUGUUUUUAGGGCUAGAAUUGAAUAUGAAUUUUGGUUCCUAUUCAGUGUCUCACUUUCAGUUCACAGCCAGUAGAUAAAUCACUUGAAAACAACAUAUCUAUUUUAUUGCCUUAUUUUUGAUAGACACGCACAUUUAUAUAUGAGAUGAUAUCACAAUCUAGAACCUUUAUCUGCUGGAGUGUACAGCAUAAGCCAAAAAGGAUCAUAAUAAUUAAAAAAAAAAAUACAUAUGUAGGCAAAAUGAAUAAAUAAUAAUUAUUAUGCAAAUUGACUUUAAUCAAGUCAACUUAACGUAUUUUCCGGACUAUAAGCCGCUACUUUUUCCCCACGUUUUAAACCCCGCGGCUUAAACAACGAAGCGGCUAAUGUAUGCAUUUUUCCUGGGUUUUUCCCGGUUUCACAAACUCCAAG